AGCGCGGCGGGAGCGCCGCCGUGUCCCCGGAGGGACGGCGGGGCCGGGGCGGUGACACCGGCGGUGACAGCGGCCAGGGCCGGGCCGGGCACAGCCAGCGCCGCGCUCCCCGCGCCGCCCGGGCCGGGCCGCCGCUCCCCCGGGCCGGGCGGGGUCACCUUCAUGGGCGGGCGGGAGCUGCCCGGGGCCUGCUGAGGCGGCGGCGGCGGGGGCGGAGCGCCGGGACCGGGAGCGGGAGCGGGGGGCGAUGUUCGUGCAGGAGGAGAAGAUCUUCACGGGGAAGGUGCUGAGGCUCCAUGUGUGCACCAUGGAGGGUGCCGAGUGGCUGGAGGAGGUGCCCGAGGACACCACGGUGGAGAAGCUCAAGGAGCGGUGCCUGAAGCACUGUGUUCCUGGCAGCUUGGAGGAUCCCAAAACUGUGACACAUCAUAAGCUGAUCCAUGCUACUUCUGAGAAGGUGCUGACAGACACAAAAACAGUGUUGGAGGAGAACAUUCAGGACAGAGAUGUGCUGCUGCUGGUCAAGAAGCGCGCGCCGACGCUGCUGCCCAAGAUGGCAGAUGUGGUUGCAGAGGAGAAGAGGAAGCAGGAGCAGAAGGCUCCUGACAAGGAUGCCAUCCUCAAAGCCACUGCCAACCUGCCCGCCCGCAGCGUGGACCGCACCGUGACCCACCACAACAUGAGGGAUUUUCCUUUCUUGCAGUUCCAGACAGAGCUCCGGAAGAUUUUAGUGUCUCUCAUAGAAGUUGCACAGAAAUUGCUGGCACUGAACCCUGAUGCAGUUGAACUGUUUAAGAAGGCAAAUGCCAUGCUGGAUGAGGAUGAGGAGGACAGGGUGGACGAGAUCGCGCUGCGCCAGCUCACCGAGAUGGGCUUCCCAGAGAGCAGAGCUGUCAAAGCCCUGCGCCUGAACCACAUGUCGGUGACCCAGGCCAUGGAGUGGCUGAUAGAACAUGCUGAUGACCCUGCUGUGGAUGCUCCUCUGCCAGGCCAGGCUCCUGCAGAAGCCCCAGCUGAAGCUGCUGCCUCCUCUGCUGAGGCAGCUGCAGGUCCCAGCCCGGAGGAGGGCGGGGAAGAGGCCAAGGAUGAGCUGACGGAAAUCUUCAAGAAGAUCCGGAGGAAAAGAGAGUUUCGUCCUGACCCACGGGCUGUCAUUGCCCUGAUGGAGAUGGGAUUUGAUGAAAAGGAAGUGGUGGAUGCACUCAGAGUGAACAACAACCAGCAAAACGCAGCUUGUGAGUGGCUGCUGGGAGACAGAAAACCUUCUCCAGAGGACUUAGAUAAGGGCAUUGACACCAACAGCCCUCUCUUCCAAGCCAUCUUAGAAAACCCAGUGGUACAAUUAGGGCUCACCAACCCUAAAACUCUACUAGCCUUCGAGGAUAUGCUUGAAAACCCCUUGAACAGCACUCAGUGGAUGAAUGAUCCCGAGACGGGGCCGGUGAUGUUACAGAUCUCGCGAAUCUUCCAGACGCUGAACCGCACGUAGAGGGAGCUGCCAGUGCACUGUGCCACCUCCCCCUGCCCCUCACUGCCCCUCCACGUCCCCAGGAGGGUGCCUGGAUGGCUGGGAAGGGGUGGAUGGAAGGGAGGGAGGGAGGGAAGGGGGGAGAUCCUGGCUGGAGGGGUUCUCUCACAUGAGAGCUUUCGUAGUUACGGCCAACAGGAGUGAGUUGCCUUGUGGGUUUUAGUGUUAGUGGAAGAGGCUUGAGGGGUUGUUUAUGUUUUCAGGUAUUAGGUUUAAAAUAAAGUAUAUAUGUAAAAAAAAAAAAAAAUAGGAAAAAGGUUUUGUGAAAACAUUUAAGAAUCUGAUUGUUGGAAAGAAAUAUUGCUCGUUCAAAAGGCCUGUGACAGUUUUCUGGCCAGUUCUGCUAGGAUCUGGCUGGUGUUUACAAAAGGUCACUGACCACUAGCAUAGGAUAUUAAUCAUCUCCAUACAGUGUUAAUUUAUGGCUUUUAUCAAACUGCAAAACUGCUUUUUUAAAAAAAAUGAAUUGAUUCUUCGGAAAUGUUUUUUAAAAGCCCAAAUCUUGGGAGAGCAAGCACAUUUCUAUCCAAGCUUGUUUAUCUGGCAUUUUAAUUUAAGCAGAAUCAUUCAGAGAUGGAAUUCUAAUAAAUAGCAUUACUUUUUCCUAUUUAUUUGCUGCGUUAGUGUUGUUGCAGUCCCACUGGGGUUGUACUUGCAGGAGGUUCUCUGUCAGGUACCAGAAAGGUGCAGGAUCUCUCUCACCACAGCAUUCACCACAUCAAGACUUGGAUUCCCAAGCUGCAGUUCCUGAGCUCACACUCUGCCAUAUCCCAUUGCAAGGAGGGAUUUGUUCACUUAGUGGUUUUUUUCCCCAUUUUUAUGUGCACGGUUUUGGCAAGGGGCUUGUGAGGGUUUUAUUCUGUUUACAAAAAAAGCAAAAGCAGCUGAAUUGCAUGGAGGGGUUGCUGGUGUUCUGUAAAGCAGCAGAACCACAUUGGUUUUUGUCUUGUUUAAGGUAUUUAAAGCAUGCUUGAAAUUGCUGUCUUUGAGUUAGAAGUGGGUUUUCUUUAUACUUAUUUUUACUAUGGUCAUAUCAAGAAUGUCAGGCUGGGUCUUUCCUAUUUUGCCAGAAGAUGAGAGAUUUCAGAGAGGAAUUCUGAGCUAUUAAGAACAGAACUCACUGUGAAUAUCCAGCUGGUGUUUAUGACUGGGCUCUGCAGGUGUUACUUUUUUAGCAGUCUGCUAAAAAAAGGGGUUUAUUUUCAACUCAGUGAAACAUGAUUGACAUCUGUCAUCAUCACAGCCCUGCAGGAAAGGCAGGAGAGGCAAAUCUUGCAGAGAAACCAGGUGGAGACGCUGUCCUUGAACAGCACAAAGGUGUCCUGUCAAACAGGGAGCUCCUUUGCAGCUCUGCAAGUCACCUCUGAGGUGUGGGAGGGAUUCAUGUGCAGUUGGAGUUUUUUUUAAACAAAAAUGCAGCAAGAUGCAACCCGAAACCCUACAACAAGUUUUGGCCUGAACUUGGCAUCUGCUCUGUGCUGUUAUGCAGCUGAGGCACUGAAGUUGCCAAUUUCUCAUAAUUAAUAUGAAGGGUGGGGAAAUCAAAACAGCCUGAGAUUUUAUCUUGUCUUACUAUCCCAGGAUUCUUCUAUUUUUUUUUUAUUUUGUAAUUUCAUAUUAAGCUUUACAGUUGAUGGCUGCUGAAAUAUUUACUUCUGCAUUUAGAAAUUUCAAGCUUUAUAGAGAUGCUUCUUCUGUUCAAAUUGGACAGUAAAACCAUUUUUGUGGGCUCCUGCUAAGAAUAGACUGACAACAUGAUAUGAAAUUAUAACCUGGGCUUUGCAGCGUUCCAAGGACGUUUGUGUUCUCCAUGCAGCUGGAAAAUGGACUUGCAGAGUUCCCAAAGCAGCCAUCAGGGCUUUCCUCCUCUGGGAAGGUGUGAGGUUCUCUCCUGCACGACUUCCAAGACCUCCAGCUCGUGGCUGCUUCUCGGCAGCCCCUGUCACAGACCUGACCCAAACUUUGUCCCCCUGUCACAGACCUGACACAAACUUUGUCCCCCUGUCACAGACCUGACCCAAACUUUGUCCCCCUGUCACAGACCUGACCCAAACUUUGUCCCCCUGUCACAGACCUGACCCAAACCUUGACACCCUCCCCUUCUUUCCUCCUCUCCUGCAACCAAACUUGCAUUUCAGAGGUUGAUUUUCAUAUCCAAGCAACUCUUUAGUGGUUAUUGAAAUCCCUUUUAGUUAGGACUGUUACAAUUUCAUUUUUUUAGACGUUCACACCAAAAUAAGCAUCGCACCAAACGAAUGUAUGGCAACGCUGUCAGCAAACAUUGCCUGUGGAAGAGGCACAGGUUACUGUGAUCUCUGCUCCAGAGGCAAUUUUCCCAAAGGCUUGUGCCCAGGGUAGCCAGUGUUUCAUCCAAAGUAACAGCCCUGGUUUUCUACUUGGAAUAAUAAAUACCAUUUUUAUGAACAAACAGCACAGCGGCGCUUCCAGCUGGUAUUUCCAUCCGAGGGAGAGUCCUGGAGCUUUGGGGCUGGAGAUCCUGCCUGGAUCCCCCUCUCUGGGACAGCUCCUCAGAGGGAUUUGUGCUGUGGCAGGGCAGGGGAGCAAUCCACCCCUCCCUGCACGGGCUGUGCAUCCACGUGAAUGUUCUCAUGGUGGUUCUCACCUCCAUCCCCACAUCCAGGUGUAGCAAAAGGGGGUUUUUUUAAGGACCUCUUGCCCUAGAUUUGAAGAUCUUCAAUGCAGAUCCUGUUUGCAGCACAUGAACUUUGGUAAAUGUAAAUGCAUUCAAUUCUUACUGAAUUUGGGUAUAGUUUUAUAUCGGGCUCUGGGGAGAGGGAGGAAAUUAGAUCACGUUUUAAAUGAAGCCCCACAAACCCAAGUGUCUCUGUUGCAGCAGGUAACAGAGGCCUGUAGAGAUUUUUAAUUUGCAUAUUUUUAUCAUGGCUUAAUGAACUGUACACGAGUGUGAUUUGCUACCCAGCACUUCCCACGAGGCAGCACCAGUAAAAUUACAUUGCAAGGUACUGACUUCCCAUUUUUUCAUUUCACCUGUGUAUACAACAAUUAGGUACCACAUAGGAUAACUCUGAUCUGGCUCUGAUGCCGGUGUGUGGCAUGCACAGCUCUUCCUAAGGUGUAACAUUACUUUUCUUAAAUCUAGCUUAAACUAGGGCAGACGUCCCUGAGCCUGUGGAAUUCAGGAUUCAUUCUGGCCACGCUCGCGUGGGUCGCUCACCUCUCCCUGAGCAGGAAAACCAGCAGGAUUUACUCCCUGCAGAAAUGUUCCAGGCCUAAAGCAAGGAAUGCUGCUAAUUUGUGAUCAUUUUAAGCAGUUGCUGUUCUGAAAUAUAUUCCUGGAAGUCAGGGGGAAGUGUUGGCAAAGCCAGACCUGUUCAGGCUGGAAUUGUUUUGUGUGGAGAUUUGGAACCCACGGCCGGGGCUGGAAUGAAUGCUGAGGCUUUAAACCUGCUCACACAUAACCCCAGACACUGAUGUUGUGUGUGCUGUACAUUUAUAAUAUAUCUUCAAAAUAAAGUUUUUUGAUUUAUUACAA